AUGGCUGAGCUCGCCGGGGGCGCGGUCCGCUCACUGUUGAGCGUCAUCCGUGACGAGGCUCAGCUGCUGGGUGGCGUGGGUGGUGAUGUGCAGUUCAUCAAGGAGGAGAUGGAGAGCAUGAAUAGCUUCCUGAUGCACCUCGCCAGGAAGACUCCCCGCAGCGGGGAGCACGACGAGCAGGUGAGCACGUGGAUGAAGCAGGUCCGCGACCUCGCUCACGACUGCAGCAACAGCAUCGACAUCUACCUGCGGCGCCGUGAUCCGGCGGUGUACCGCGCCAGAGGGGUCCUGCUGGGAUACGUCUGGUGGGUGCCUUGGUUCGUGAAGAAGACACUGGCCCAGCACCUCGCAGCGAACCAGCUGCGCGACCUCAAAGCCCGGGCACGCGACGUUGGCGAGCGGCGGCUCAGGUAUGGCGUCGAGGUCCCAGCAAAGGCAGCGGACUCCGAGAAGCUGCUGAUGUCGCCGACGGAGGCGUUUCAAGCUGCGGCCGGAGUUAUAGCUGAAGGAGAGCAUGACUUGGAAGAAGACUACUACAGGGCGACCAACGAUGAUCCACGAAGGGAGCUAGCCUUCUCAAAGCCUCGCUUUGGUUUAAAGUGCACCGAGACGCUAAUGAACUGGCUCGAGCGACAACAUGAAGAUGGUCGGUUCCAAGCCAUCGCCAUUGCAGCACCGGAUGAAGAGGAUGGGAACGAUCUUAUAGAUGAAGCACUGAGUCAUGAUUCCGUUACGGAAAAGUUCGACCAUGCUUUCACUUUAGAGGACCAGUUUUGCCCGAAAGAACCCAGGGAUUUUCUUGGUGACAUGCUGGAGGCUCUGGAGGAUGGCGAAUCAGCGGAGGAAUCUGGCGAGGAAGAAGUCCAUGACUCGAUCAGCAUGGUCGAGGAAGAAAUUGACGAGAAGAUUUCGAAGAUCGAGGAGAAGAUUGAAGAGCACCUGGAGAAAGCCGGUAAUAAAGGUUACCGUGUUGAACCCAUAGGGGUACUGUGCGGCAUCUUGCGGGUGCUGCUCCAGGAUGCCGCCAUCCUUGCAGACGAGGAUCAAACCCAGGAAAAGACGAUCCUUGAAGACACAGCGGAGAAGAUGAAGAAAUAUGUGGAAUCAGCAGAUGAAAAGGAUGCCUGCACGAUUGGUGUCCAGGAGCAUCAUCCCGAAUUUGUAGCCAUCCUGCAAGAGCUGCUUCCCAAGCAGGCCACCGCACCUGCGAAGGCAGCCACGGAUAAACCGGGCGAGGAUCAUAUCGUGAAGAAUAUUAGAGACAUCACGCUGAAGAUUCAAGUGCAGAUCCAACCGGAGUUGCUGCCAAUUACGUCACUUCUUCAGCAAGAUAAGUCAGACAAAGAAUCGCCCCUCUCGCCAGGCGAAGAUGAGGAGUACUGCAGGGAGAGGAUUGAACAAGUGCUGAAGAGGAUGAAAGAGCAUCUGUUGAUUCAAGAAACCGCAGGGAGGGUUAGAAAGCAUCUGCAGGGUACAAGGACACUGAUCAUUCUAAAAAAUGCCUAUGGCUACAAAUGGGAAGAGACCACAAAGGCCUUGCAAGAUUUGGGCUGCACUUCAAUGGCAGUGGUAGUUACCACCAAAUACAUGCAAAGUGCCAACGAGUUUUGCUAUGGGACGGAGCCUAUCGUGUACUCUUCAAUUGAACACUACCACGAUACAGCGCUCCAACUUACAAAUCGGCGUGUGAAUGACGACGACAAGUACAGUGCCAAAAUCUUUCAUGAGAUCUUGGAGAAGUGCAGGCUGGAUGUGUUCUGCACAAAGAUGUUCAUCCAUACUCUGUUUGCCAAUCCAAUGAGGCGCAGAGAAGAACUCGACAAGCUGAGCAACAGCCUGGUGUUUGGGGGAUCCGUGGAAACUAAUGGGUACAAGAUGAUCAAGUUCUCCUACAACGACUUGCCUAGGGAUUACAAGACCUGCUUGCUGUAUCUAGCCAUCUUCCAUAAAAACGAGAAGAUAAUCCGGACAAGGUUAAUAGGUCGGUGGGUUGCGGAAGGACUGAUAACUAGACAAGAUUGGUCAAGUUCAGUAGGUCAGGCAGAGCGUUGCUUUGAUGUUCUUGCCGACCUAUGGCUUGUCUGUCCUAGUGACGUUGAUGCUGGAGGGAAGGUGAAGAGCAUCACGUUGCAUCCACUGGUGUACAGCUUCAUCACCAAGAUGGCCAAGAAAGAACACAUUCUGGACACACGCCUGUCUCGGCACUUGGCUCGCCACUUCUCCAUUCUCAGCAACAUCCGGCUCCGUCCCUCGGACAGCAUCGUCGACUUCUUGAAGCAACCAUCCAAUGCAUCAUCUCAAUUAAAGCUCGUCAAGGUCCUGGAUCUGGAAGGCUGUGCAUCCUUGAGAGACAACCAACGAUGGCUUAGGAAUGUCUGCACCUUGUUAAUCCUGCUCAAGUAUCUGAGCCUGCGGAACACAGAUGUCACUCAGCUGCCUAAGGAGAUCAACAGGCUGCAGCAGCUGGAGGUGUUGGACAUCCGGCGGACUCCUAUGAACGCCUCCGCCAUAAAACACCUCAUGCUACUGAAGCUGAAGCGUCUGCUGGCUGGUCAAAGUGUAUACUCCGAUGACAUGGCUGGUCAAAGUGCAUGCUUUGAUGACACUGGUGGUGGUGAUGCUAGCAUACUUUCCACUGUCAUGAUGCCUCACAAGGUCAGGAAAAUGACAGACCUGGAAGUGCUAUCCCGUGUGCAGGCAUCAAAACAUCAUGCUACCGAGCUGAGAGAGGUUGGCCAGCUAUGGCAACUGAAGGUUUUUGGUGUGGUCAUUUAUGACUGGAAAGCUCAACUUGACAACUUACUCCAAGGGAUCAGCGAUCUGAAUGAGUGCCUUGUGUCUCUGUCAAUAGAGAUCAAGCCUCUUCCUCCCAGUGAGGCUGUUGCUACUCCUCCUGACGCCGAUGCUAUAAGUGCACAUUGUAAGAACCCACCCAAGCUUCUUGAAAGCCUGAGCAUAAGUGGAGUCACAAUGUAUGGGCGCCUUCUGCCAUUCUUUGCUAGAGGCUGCCGCAAACUUGCCAAGGUAACUCUUCAUAACACCGUGUUGGACCAGGAUGAUAUGGAGUCCCUCGCAGAUUUGCCCAACCUACGUGGCCUCAAGCUCCGGGACGUUAAAUUACACUCUGAGAGCAAGCUUAUAAUCCAGACCAAUGGGUUCCAAAAUCUCAAGUAUCUUCUUGUUGAGGGCGGCGGCAUCACCGACAUCGACUUCGAAACUGGAGAAGCUCCUAAGCUUGAAAAGAUCGUCUGGCUCAUCGACCAGAUGGAGUCUCUAUCGGGAAUCAACAACCUUCCCAAGUUGAAGGAAAUGGUGUUUAAUGAUGGUAUCAGGCUACCAGAUCAGGUGAAGGAAGCCAUAGAAGCACAUCCAAACUUCAUUGAUAAUAAUGGAAUAUGGUGGUAGUGAAGCCAAGCAGGCAAGUGCAUCUGCAGUUCCUUGAUUUCAAGCUUACAUGGCGGUCCGUCAAUUCAGCAGGAUUGGUUCGUCCAUUCAUGUAUGCUUUAUUGUUGUUCAUUCUGCUUGUGUGCGAAGAACUUGUUUUUAUAUUCAAAUGUGAGUACAUUCUUUUGUCUGCAGCCAGCUGGGGUGUCUAAAUGUAACGAUAAGGCGUGUUAUCUCUUCAAGGGUGUAUGGUUAUUUGUCCUUAAUGUGUGUGUCUCUAGUGUCACUGAGCAUCAUGGUUAUGUAUGUGCUCAAGAUGUAUUUUCCGUCUAUAAAAUGAAAAAUGGGGCGAAUUGCCGCCCCCCAAAAGGAUUUGUGUGUAUGUGUUAUUUUUUUGUAUAGUACUAUAUAAUUCUAGAUCUUACUCUGAAAUCUAUAUGUUUUUUGCAUAGGACUAAAAAAUUCAGGAAAUUCUUCCCAUCAUACCCUGUCGCCAAUGGGCAUCAAUGUUCAUUUUUCAUGGACCAUAUAAAGCUAGAAAUACCCCCAAGCGGGGGUGUAAAUCAUUUCAUCAUCAUUUGAAUAAACUUGGGGGGACGGUCUAAGGAGCUCCAAGACUAGUUCGGAAAAGCCCUAGGGUUGAGUCCAGGAAGUCUAGUAUGGGCCGUUCCGAUAAAGAGCAUAGAGAAUCAUCUACGUCAACUCAUGGGAAGUCUUGUUAUGGCUCAAACGACUAAUAGACACCUCGCUCGCUCUCUAUUUCCUGGCAUAAGAGUAGGUCACACUCCACAAGGCGACUGAACCCAACAGCGGAGUCAGGAAAUGCUCACAACCCGGGCCAAAGUAGUUUGGGCCAAAAAACACUCCAAGAUAAGUCCUAAUAAUUGGACAGGAUAUUCAAUGAUUCAACCACUAAGGUAAUA